GCGAACGGUGACAAACGUCACAAUUUGUUUGCCGACUGUUGUUGCAAGCGGCACGUGCACUGCAUGGAUUGGUCCAAGCGGUUAACUUGUAAUUAUAAUUAAAAGUAAAAGGUUUUGUUUUUACUAACGCAAAUAAAUUUGAAAGAUGUGGAUUUACAUACUAUUGUACCCUUUGCUCUUCAAUAUUGGCCCAAUUGUGGCCAAUAAAAAAGUUAAUAAAUUUGUUACAACACUAAUAGAUGCUAAAUGGCAAGACACACCAUUGGUUCUAGAAGUUGCAGAAUAUUUGAAUGAUGAAAAUCCUAAUUAUUUUUGGAGAUUCGUUGAUGAAGUGUGUAGUCGAUCAUCUGAUUUUGAAAGGAUAGAUAGCACAAAAGAUCAUUAUGAUUUGGUAAUAUCUAUAGCAGAAAAAUUUUUAAGUACAGCUGAAAUAGGCGUCUUAAAGUUAGGAAUGUCGUUGAGAAUUCAUUCUGCUAGAGUAGAGAUGUUUUCUCAAAUGGCUGAAAAUAAACGUCCUGCUGGUCUAGAAUGCAGUAAUUUUGUUGAUGUUGGCGGAAAAUUUACUUGUGAUGUUGAAGAAAUAUCAAAACUUUUGAAUCAAGAUGAUUUCAAACCUAUAGAUACUUCUAGUGUGGAUCAUUUUUAUCUAGGAAAACAAUUGUCUGAAAAAACUUUAGUCUUGUAUGGACAAAUGGGAACAAAAGAAUUUUCAGAUCUGCAUGAAAAAUUAAAAUCUAUAGUUGAAUCAACUAAAGUUAACUAUAUUCUUCGUCAUUAUGUCAAGGAGAGACCUGACAGGAAGUUAAGACUCUCCGGUUAUGGUGUUGAAUUACAAAUGAAAUCUACAGAAUAUAAAGCCACAGAUGAUUCUGAUAUAAAAGAUAAUCAAGAAAAAACUGAAGAAGAUGAAGAUGAUGAAUCAAAUGAAAUUGAGGGAAUUAAUUUUGCAAAUUUAAAGAAGUUAUUUCCAGAUGAUAAUAAAAAAUUAGAUAAACUCCAAACUUAUCUUUUGGAGAACAGCCACGAAAUAGGAGCUCUUAAAGUUUGGCAAUUUCAAGAAUUAAGUCAUCAAGCAGCAGAAAGAAUAAUGAACUCUCCACCUACCGAAGCUAUUAAUGUACUCACUGACAUUUCACAAAACUUUCCAAUGCAGGCAAAGUCAUUAAUAAAGACAAGAGUUAGCACUGAAAUGAAAAAAGAAAUGAAACGCAAUCAAGAAAUGUUUUCUGUUAGUCUGAACAUUCAGCCUUCAGAAACUGCUCUAUUCAUCAAUGGGUUAUAUUUUGACUUGGAAGUUAUUGAUGUGUUGACACUUUUAGAAUCUUUACGUUCGGAACUUCGAGUUAUGGAAUCACUUCAUAGAAUAGGAUUUAGCAGCCAUAAAAUGAGUAAACUCUUAGCAUUAGAUUUAUCGAAUCGAGUGAACAAUCAAGAUUUUGCCAUUGAUAUUCGUGAUUCUGCUAUCAUUUGGAUAAAUGAUAUUGAAAAUGAUUUUCGUUACAGUCGUUGGUCUCCAUCUUUAACAGAACUUUUGCGUCCAACAUUUCCCGGUAUGCUUCGAAAUAUACGCCGAAAUCUAUAUAAUCUUGUUCUUAUAAUAGACCCAUUGAGUGAAGAGUCGGCGCCAUUGGUUGCUUUAGCUGAAUCUUUAUAUGCUCACACCGCACCGUUAAGGAUAGGCUUUGUAUUUCAUACUAAUUUUAAUACAGCUGCAAUAGGAGCCACAGAUCCAAGUGUUGCAAUCAACAACGCUUAUCAUUAUUUGACGGAAAGUAAAAGUUUCAAAGAUGCUACUAAAUUUUUGUCCAGUUUAUAUGAAAACAUUGGUUCAAACGGAAUAGAAAUAAGCGACGUUAAAAAAUCUUUGAAAUCAGUUGAUCCAAAAGCUGACAUAAGCUACAUUUUCGGAGAAGAAUCAGAAUAUGACGUUGGUCGCCAUUUGGCCAGCGAUUUUAUUAGAAGAACUGGCUUCAAAAAAUUCCCUCAGGCUCUUUUGAAUGGGAUUCCACUUCCAUCUGAUCAAUUAUAUGCUGAUUCUUUUGAAGAAGCAGUAUUAUCAACCAUCAUAAUGCAAACACCUAUGAUUCAAAAAGCUGUUUACAGAGGUGAAAUCACAGAAGGAGAUGAUGUUCUUGAUUUUCUUAUGAAUCAACCUAAUGUAAUGCCAAGACUAAAUGAGCGCGUACUCAAAGGAGAAAAAGACGUCUGGCUCAACUUAAUAGGCUCAGUACCUAAUGAUGUGGAUUAUAAAAAAUGGAGUUUUCAAGACAUGUCAACAUGGCUAAUAGAAAAUACACGAUAUGUGUACAUUCCUCGAAAAACCAUAAUUAAUCACUUAUAUACCGUGUGGAUAGUAACUGACUUAGAUCUUAAGACUGGGAGAAAAUUACUCUCGGAAGCACUAGAUUAUUUGGAAUCAAAUCCUGAUGCGAGAGUUUCAAUCAUUGUUAACAACAACAAUAAUAAUGAACAGGAAUCAACUAUUAAUAAAAUUGCUCUUGCCGCUAUUAGUGCUUUGUCAGUGGAAAAAUCUUAUGAAUAUAUUCGUAAUUUAGUCAAAGAUGAUACUUACAAACUGAUUAAAAAUAAGGAAUUUGUAAUUCAGGAAGAAGCAAUUAAGGAACAACUGGAAAAACAAAAUCUUAGAUUAAAAAUUCACAAGCAUUACUGCGAACAUUUUUUGAAUAUGGAUGUUGACGAAAGAGCAGCAAUAUUCAAUGGUCGCGUUAUUGGGCCAUUCGAUGAAAAUGAAGAAUUUACCAGUGAUGAUUUUGCUCUUUUAGAAAGACAUAGUCAAAGUACCUAUGGUGAUAAAUUGUUUGAAUAUUUAUUAAAAAAUCAAGAAACUGAUGAUAAUGACUAUGAAAAAAAUAAUAUUUCGGAUGAUAUGAUUAUGAAAAUCACAUCACUUCUUGUACCAAGACCGUACACAAGAAAUCGAUUUGAUGUACCUUUCUAUGGUGAUGAAUACAGUUCCGUAAAGAUUCCUGCCUCAAAUUCAGAUGCAGUAGCAUUCAAUUUGAUUGCUAUAGUUGAUCCAGUUUCUCGUGGAGCUCAAAAAUUAGGACCAAUAUUAAAUGUUCUUCGUCAAUCUUUGAAUUGCAAUAUAAAAGUAUUUCUGAAUUGCGUGGAAAAGAAUAGUGAUAUGCCUCUCAAAAGUUUUUAUAGGUUUGUUCUUGAGUCUGAAUUACAGUUUACUAAUAAUGGAGAUAUAGCAGGAGCAACUGCUAAAUUUACAAAAUUACCCACUUCAUCACUUUUAACACAAAAUAUUCAUGUUCCUGAAAAUUGGUUGGUAGAAGUUGUUAGGAGUGUUUAUGAUUUAGAUAACAUCAAAUUAGAUAAUGUUGCUAUAGGAGUCCAUAGUGAAUUUGAAUUGGAAUAUCUAUUACUCGAAGGGCACUGUUUUGAAGUUAUUGCUGGUAACCCACCAAGAGGCUUACAGAUUACAUUAGGAAAUGAAAAACAACCUGUAAUGGUAGAUACGAUUGUCAUGGCAAAUUUAGGCUAUUUCCAACUAAAAGCAAAUCCAGGAGAAUGGUUACUUAAACUUCGUCAAGGGCGGUCAUCUGAAAUUUACGAUAUUACAAGUAUCGAAGGCUCAGAUAUAAUUCAUACAAAGGAUGAUGUUAGAGUCUUAAUUAGUUCCUUGCGAAGUAAUGUUCUCAAAUUGAAAGUUACGAAAAAACAAGAUAAAGCCGGCGUUGAUUUAUUAGCUGAUGAUGAUAAAGGUUCAGGAAUAUGGGAUUCUAUUUCAAGGACUUUUACGAAUUCUGAAGAAAGCGAUGAACAGGAUCAAAAAAUUAAUAUAUUUUCUUUAGCUUCUGGACAUCUGUACGAAAGAUUUUUAAAAAUAAUGAUGCUCAGUGUCAUCAAGCAUACAACGUCGCCAGUAAAGUUCUGGUUUUUAAAAAAUUAUUUAUCUCCAACUCUAAAAGACUUUCUACCACAUAUGGCUAAAGAGUACGGCUUUGAAUACGAACUCGUUCAGUACAAGUGGCCACGAUGGUUACAUCAACAAACCGAGAAACAAAGAACUAUCUGGGGAUAUAAAAUUUUAUUCCUUGACGUUUUGUUCCCACUCGACGUCAAAAAAAUUAUAUUUGUUGACGCUGAUCAAGUUGUACGAGCUGAUUUGAAAGAGUUGGCUACAAUGGAUCUUGGUGGUGCCCCAUAUGCUUACACUCCAUUCUGUGAUAGUAGAAGAGAAAUGGAUGGUUUCAGAUUUUGGAAACAAGGAUAUUGGAGGAACCACCUGCAGGGUCGUUCGUAUCAUAUUAGUGCUUUAUAUGUUGUUGAUCUCAAACGAUUCCGACGCAUUGCCGCAGGAGAUAGAUUAAGAGGUCAAUAUCAAGCUUUAAGUCAAGAUCCUAAUAGUUUAUCUAAUUUGGAUCAGGAUUUGCCUAAUAAUAUGAUUCAUCAAGUUUCUAUCAAAACAUUACCUCAAGAGUGGCUUUGGUGCGAAACUUGGUGUGACGAUAGUUCUAAAAAAUAUGCCAAAACUAUUGAUCUGUGUAACAACCCAAUGACUAAAGAAGCCAAGCUGCAGGCGGCAAUGCGUAUUUUGCCAGAAUGGGUUGGAUAUGACGAAGAAAUCAAAGCAUUGCAAAUGAAAAUAGAAAAUGAACAUAGACAAGUUGAAAAAGAAGAAGAACCUGCCAUAGACGAUUCUACAAAACAUCAAGAAUUGUAAUUUCAUUGAUUUCCAAGAAAUCGUAACUUUUUCACGGGAUUGUGUACAAAGAUAGAUUUUUAGUGUGUCCCAUCAAUUUCACUAGUAAAUUUAGUAUACAGCUUCGUGAACUUGUGAAUUUAUACAUUAACAAUGUCAAUACUCGUUGUAAAGUUAUUUUCUAUAGAUUGAUAAAAUUCUGUAUCUAACACUUUUGUCAAAAUUGUAAUAAAAUUGUGAUUACGCAAGAGGAUAUUGCGAUUCCUACUUUUUUGUACAGUACUAAAAGUGUUCAACAUUAAUUUAAUAAUAAAAAACACGAAAUA